AUGACGUCUCAGGCGGAUCUGGUGGCACAAGCAGUACUGCAACAAUUCUACAAAUUACCCUCGAAGCGAAAACCUGCUGUUCGUGACAAUGGGGUUCAUGAAUGGGUUCCGCUGAGUGGCAUCGUUGCUGAGAAAGAUGGCAUUCUAACAUGUCUAGCCCUAGCAACUGGCAUGAAAUGCCUACCUGCGUCAAAAAUAUCACAAUCCAAUGGCGUGGGCAUCCAUGACUGGCAUGCGGAGGUCCUAGCUAUACGAACUUUCAACCGUUUCUUGCUUGAUGAAUGCGAGAACAUCCUCGAUGAAGAUGACGAGUCGAGUAUCCUCCAGAAAAAGACCAACGCUUCAAAUCUGAAUGACACCCCUUUGCAAUUAUUCGAAAUCAAGGACCGCGUCAAGCUGCACAUGUACUGCUCAGAAGCACCAUGCGGUGAUGCUAGUAUGGAGCUCACAAUGGCUUCUCAAGAAGAUGAUUCAGCAUGGGAAACCCCAACUCCUGUAAAUGCAAAGCCUGGAGGUGAUGCACAAAUCUCUUUACUAGGGAGGGCUUGCUUCUCUAGAACUGGGAUUGUUCGACGAAAACCUGCUCGAGGAGAUGCGCCCCCAACAUUAUCCAAGUCCUGCUCUGAUAAACUUGCGUUGAAACAAUGCACUUCACUUCUCUCAGCCAUCACAUCAAUAUUCAUCGAUCCUACCAAUGCAUACAUUAGUAGCAUCAUUUUGCCAAGAUCCCAAUACUCUGAUCUUGCAUGUCGACGUGCCUUCUCAGCAGAAGGCAGGAUGAAGCUCAUGGCUGGCAAAGAGUGGCUGGGGGGCUAUUCGUUCAGGGAGUUCUCAGUUGCGACGACGGGCCUGGAAUUCGAAUUUUCGAAACUAUCUGUACAGAUGAGAGCAUGCAAGAUUUCGGCGAGUAAUCUAGCAGCGACAUGGUCACGAUCAGGUUUCGAAGAGAAUCUCAUUGGGGGGGUUAUUCAAGGUCGGAAGGCUUUCAAGACAGACGGAGCAAGUCAAGUUUCCAAGCGUUGCAUGUGGGAGGCAGCAAACGAUCUCGCUAGUAGAAUAGGCGGCGUUUCCUCUCCUACAGCAAUUUGUCCUGGUGGUAAGACGUAUCGCCACCUGAAAGAAGGACAGUUGAUGGCUCACCGACGGCAAGUUAAGGACGAGACCCGUGGGAUGGCACUGUCAGGGUGGAUAAAAAAUGACGGAGGGUCAGAUUUCCAACUAGAAAAACGAAGCAAUCAUUGA